CGCUCGCCGGUGAGGGCAGCCGCGGCACCGCCGCCACUCGGGUCCCCGCUGCUCUUUGGCCUAGCAGCGGCCCGAUUCUUCGGCAGGCACCCGAGAGCGGUGUCUGCUUGCCUGCUCGUUGGGCUCGGGGUGGGCGAUCGCUGACCACCCGACGCCGCCCCGCCGCGAGCGGGGACCGCCACCCACGGCGCAGCAAUGGCCGCUGCGAGCCCGCCCGAUGCCGAAGCUCCCGAGAGCGACAGCCUCUCGCGCAUGAUCCGGUCCUGCCUCGCGCUGCAGGACCUCGCCGCCGAGGUCGCAACCUAGCGGGGAAGGCGCCGCCGCCGACGCCGAGCGCGAGCCUGAGGGGUCGCCGGAGUUCGGCGACCCCCUGGAGUGCGAGGACGCUCUGCUCGGGCCGGAGGCGGGCGGCGCCGGCGCGGGCGCCACACCGGUGGCCAGGGACUGCGAGGCGGACGCCUACCGUCGACCUGGUGCGUGACGGCUACGUCUCCCACCUCCGGAGGCUGCUGGAGCUGGACCGGGUCGCCGAGGCCGCCCUGGCGGCGGAGCGCCUGGCCAGGCCGCUGCGCGACCUGGAGGCGGAGGGGCUGGCGUGCUCAGGGCUUCGGCCCAGAGGCCCUCCGGGCAGCGGUUCUGUGACUCUGGCGGUCGCAGUGCCCGGCGGUGCCAGCGCGAUUGCCGCGCUGACACCGGGGCAGACGGUGCUGCUGACCAGCCAGGAUAGCCCAGUGUCGCUUGAUGGGGGGGACGGGGGCGCAACUGUCCUCGGGGAGCUCCUCGACGCCAGGCCUCAGGGCGUGGUCGUCCGCUGUGGCACCGCCCUGCCUGCGGGUCCGCUGCGGCUGGACCUGGGGCCCGACCUGGUGGCUCGCAGGCACCUGGACCGGACCCUCGCUGCCAUGGACCGCGGCAGCUGGAGCGGGGGAGCAGGGCUGGGGCUGGUGGGGCCGUGCAGCCGGCUGGCGAGGGAGCUGAUGGCCACCGUGGCGGACAAGGGCGCGCAGGCCUCAGAGCUCGCCGCCGCGGCCUGCGCUCACCACGCCGAGGUGCCGCAGCCGCCGUGGGCGACCGACGGGAGCAGGAAGGGCCGGGCGGGCAACUCCCGCCUGGCCGCCCAGCUCAGGUCGCCGCGGCUGCGGCCGCUGAGCCCCGCGCAGUCCAGGGCCGUCGGCGCCGUCGCGUCGCAGAUGCAGCAGCUGACGCUGGUGCAGGGCCCGCCAGGCACUGGCAAGACCGAGGUCGCCGUGGAGGUGGCCCGCGCCUGGCUGCGGGCGCGCCGCGGCCCGAUCCUGGCCGCCGCGGCGCCGCACAGCGGCGUGGGCGUCCUGGUCGACUCGCUGCAGGCCCUCGGCGCCAGCGUCCUGAGGCUUGGCGCCGUGGACCCGGAGGUCCCCUGCUCGCUGGACGCCCACCUGCGGAGCGCCGGGCCCGAGCCAGAGGGAGGUGCCAGCCGCGGGGAGCGCCUGAUGCGGGGCGUCCACGUGGUGUGCGCCACGUGCGUCGGCGCAGGCACCACGGUGCCCGGCAGCCCCAGCUUCCCGUUCGUGGUGGUGGACGGGGCCGCGCAGGCCACGGAGCCUGCGACGCUCGUGGCCCUGGCGAGGGGCGCCGUGCAGGCGGUGCUCGUCGGGGACCCCGGCCAGCUGCGGCCGACGCUGGCGAGCGAGGAGGCGCGCGCGGGCGGCCUCGGCGUCAGCCUGUUCGAGCGCCUCGUCGACCUGGGCGUCAGGCCCCACGCGCUCUCCGUGCAGUUUCGGAUGCAUCCGGCGAUCAUGGCGUUCCCCAGCCGGGCGUUCUAUGGUGGCGUGCUCCGGGCAAGCCUGCUGCUGGCAGAGGGCCCGCCGCCCAUCGCGACGCCGGACGACCUCGGCCACCUGGCCUUCGUGCACGUUGGCUCCGCGCAGGAGGAGGGGGAAGACCGCGGGGAGGCAGGCGACGAGGAGGCCAAGUGCAUUCGGCACGUGAUGGAGGGGCUCCAGUGCAUGCCUGGCGAUGCAGGCAUCAUUGCUGCCUCGGGAGGGCAGGUGGCCGCUGUCCACCUGGCGCUUCGGGGCCUCAGCGGUGCCAGCGAGGUGCUGGUCGGCACGGUGUCCGCGUUCCAGGGCGUCGAGAAGGAGGCGAUCAUCCUGUCCGCGUCCGUGGGCCCCAGCGGCGAGCCCUGGCCAGAGGCAAGCUGCAGGCACCUCCCGGUCGCCUUGACCCGGGCCCGGCGGCUGCUCGUCGUGGUGGGCGACCUGCAGCGGCUGUGCAGCAGCGGCGCAUGGAGCUUCCUCGUCGCUGCCGGCUCGUGCGCGCGAGCGCUCGAGUGGCAGGGUGGCGCCCUCGGCCCCCUGUCGCCAGGCGUGGCCGCAGUGGUCGCCGCCGCCCGCGAGCGGUCGGCCGCUUCGGAGGGCGUGGGCGAGGGCGCUGCGGGGGCGACGGCGGCCGCGGGCGCGGAGGCCGCGGAGACCCGCGCUGCAGGGGCGCAGGAGCACGCAGGCUACCUGUUCCACUGCAGGGGCGAGGCGCUCUCGGAGUGCGAGGCCGCGGGGGUCCUGGCCGCCCCGGAGGGGUCCCUGGGCAGCAUGCGGCAGGCCAUCAGGGCCAAAACCAAGCUCUUCCUCCUCGACUGCGACCGGGGCACCGUGAUCGGGCCCUUCGCGCCGACGAGCAGGCCUGGGCUCGACCUCGCCCGCGGCGCGUUCGGCGGUCAGCUCCGGGCGCAGGUCCGCGUGAGGGCACCAGCCGAGCUGCUGAUCGCGCGGCCGGCGGUGCGGCCCGCUCCGGGGCCGCAGGCGGCGGCCGAGGUCCGCGCCCUCCUGCGCGAGCUGAGCAGCGGGGAGUUCGUGGACGCCCGGGCCUUCGAGGCGUGGCAGGCCAGCUCGCAGCACGCGCCGCGCCCCCUGGCGCCGGCGCCGGCGCGCGAAGCGCCGGCGGCCGGCCCGGCUGGCCAGGCGGAGGACGGCGCGCGCGCGGAGGCGCCCGCCUGCGGGCAGCACGCGGAGCCGCCGUCGGCCCCGCCGCGCGACGCGCCGGAGCGCACGCCAGAGGGGCCGCGCGGCGAGGUCGUCUGCGUGGAUCGGCCGGAGGGCGAGGUCGCCUCGGCAGCGGGGGUCACUGGAACGCCGGCGCCGCCGCCCGUGGCCCAGGGGCGCCCCGCCGCGCACUGCGAGGCCCCCUGCGCAGACCUCGCGGGCGACUGGGGCGCAUGCCUCCUCGCUGUCUCCUUGGUACGGUGCCGCAAGAGGAAGGCCGCAGAGGAGGAGGACUACGCGGUCGCGCACGCUGCGAAGGGCGCGGAAGCGGAGGCGGUGGCCACCCUCUCGUCGCGGCGCCGGCGAGCGCUGAAUGCCGGCCGCCGCGAGGAGGAGUGGCGGGACGUGCAGCGACGGAAGCAGGCGGCCGUGGCCCAGGAGGACUUCCGGCUGGCCGGCCAGCUCCGGAAGCGGCAGCUGGAGCUGGAGGAGGAGGGCGACCCGGACGAGGAGCUGCGGGAGGUGGCCCAGCGCAAGAAGGAGGCGGCCGCGGCCGAAGACUUCGACCGUGCGGCGGAGCUGCGCAAGCACGAGGAUCGGUGACGGCCAUCGAUGCUCCUCAACCGCUGGGAGGCAGGUGUAG